AUGGCCUUGGCUCUCGGAGCCCUCUGGGCCUGGAGUGUCUACGACAAAGCCGUCAUAUCUUACUAUGCCAGAAAAUACAAACCGGUGCCGUUACCCGAAAAGCCCAACUACGGCCUGGGAGAUGUGAGCAUUAUAGUUCCGACAAUUGACACCGAGUCGACCUUCACCGACUGCAUACGCCUCUGGCUCAAGUCCAAGCCUCUUGAAAUCAUCAUCGUAACCGUCGAGCGGAACAGAGACCGUGUCGUGCAGCUGGUCCUGCCGUUCCAAGAGGAUGCUAGCAAAAUCAUCAUUCUGCUUUCGCCUGUGGCCAAUAAGCGUCAGCAGCUGAUAGUCGGUGUCAAAGCUGCUCGAGGCAGAAUCUUCGCUCUGGUGGACGACGAUGUUUAUUGGCGAGUUGAUACCGUUGUCCCCUAUCUCUUGGCUCCGUUUGAGGACCCUGAGGUAGGCGCGGUGGCUGGUAUUCAAAGUGCUGAGAUCCCGCCCGAGCGCCAAGAUGAACGGGUCAUCACACCGUGGGAAGCAAUCUCAGCGUUUGAUUUAAAUCAGUGGAAACGCUCCCGAGAAGUGCACUUCGCAGCAGAUGGGGGCUGCUGGUGCCUGUCCGCGCGGACGUUGCUCAUCCGUCCCAGCAUUGUCCAAGAUCAGAGCUUCGCUGAUGCGUACACGCAUGAGACCAUCGGCAAGAGGGUUGUGAACACUGCCGACGACGUCGUUUUGACUGGGUGGGUGUUCGAUCGUGGAUGGAAGGUCUGUAUUCAGAAUGUCUUCGAGGCCGAAGUCACUACCAAUAUUCCUCAAGAUCACAGGUUUGCAUGGCAGAUUCUCCGCUGGGACCGUGGAAACUUUCGCACUUUCUUAGGGUACAUCUUUGUUUACCCCGGCUACCGAAAACUGAUGCAGAGGCACCCGUACACAACUUCUAAAAUGGUCGAGCGCCUCGUUCGACCCAUCUGGGCCAUGGCAUACCUCGGUGCUUGGCUUCUAACGCUCCGUACAAGACCUUGGAUCGCGUUUGCAUUUAUAGUUUGGAUGGCCUGCGGAUGGGGCGGAUAUAUUUCAACUUACCGAGAAUUCCUCAAGCGGUACCCCUACUGUCGACGUCAAGUCUGGGCGUUCCUGCUCAUGGACUUUAUUGGUCCUGUCGUGGACAUAUACAUCUACUUCACGAUGAGCAACGACAACUGGUUAACUCGGACAGCGGAUAUUCAAGAUAUCAAGGAAUAG